UCCUUCCCGAAUGAUUCCGAGGAGCUCGAUCAAGUCUGGCCAAGUGUGUUGGAAAAUCUCGCCGGUUCAGGGAGCUCCUUCCUAAAUGGUUUCGACAAGUCCAAUGGAGACCCCUUCAGCGUGUUCCAGAAAACCAAUGAAGACCCAUUCCGUCAAUUCAAAAAUAUCACAGAUCGGGCCAUGGCUGCCUCCCUUAUUUCUGGUGUGGUGGUAACUGCAGCAAUCGUCGUCGUUGUGUACUUCCUCAUCGAUUGCUUGAAGAAGGUGGGAACCGCCAUCCCAAGCUAUACCGGGAAAGCUACCAAUGAGUUGUUGGAUCCAAAAGAUUCUAGGUCAUCGAGGUUAAUCUCCUUUGUGGCACCAGCUAUCUCACCACGGCUCAAUUGGGAGAAGCCCGAUGAGUUCAGUACCCUGGAGAGAUUCCUAAAGCCCACAUGGUUUUCUUCGGAGCAGCUGGCUGUUUACACCAGAGAUUAUGCCACCAUGCUUGGUUCCGGCUCUUACGGAGUUGUCCUCAAAGGCCAGUUGCCGGAUGGAACUCUGGUGGCCGUCAAGGUGCUCAAGAACGCCGACGACAAGAGGAUGGAGGAGCUGUUCAUGGCAGAGGUGAGCGCCAUUGGAAGAACUCACCACAUAAACCUGGUCAAGCUCUACGGCUAUUGCUUCGACCCGACGAUGAGGGCGCUAGUCUAUGAGUACAUGGAAAAUGGGUCCCUCGACGGAUUCCUGUCUGGGGAGAAGGCGGCGAUAGAUUGGCGCAAGAUGCACGAGAUUGCCGUGGGGACAGCAAAGGGGAUCGCCUACUUGCAUGAGGAAUGCGAGCAGAGGAUCGUUCACUACGACAUAAAGCCUGGGAACAUCCUCCUGGACCGGAACUUGAGCCCAAAGGUCGCGGACUUUGGGCUCGCCAAGCUCUACAGCAGGGAAAUCAGUCGGAUCCCCAUGUCGGGUUUCCGUGGCACCCACGGGUACGCCGCACCUGAGAUGUCGAAGCCGUAUUCAGUGACUUACAAGUGCGACGUGUACAGCUUCGGUAUGGUCCUGUUUGACAUUGUGGGGAGGAGGAUAAAUCACAACGUGAACCUGAGUGAGUCAAUGCCGGGGCUACCGCAGUGCACGUGGCACAUGUUACAGAAUGGCAAGUUGUUGGAGAUGGUCUGCGGAUUUCCUGAGAGUGAAAGAGAGACCGCUGUGAGGAUGUUGAUGGUGGCUUUGUUGUGCAUUCAGCAUAAGCCAGAGGCGAGGCCGGCAAUGAGCACAGUGGUGAAGAUGUUGGAAGGAGAUGUGGGAAUUCCGACACCCGAAUAUCCAUUCGAGAAUCCCGAUCCAGAUAAGCCUUCUCAAGGUUCGGGAAAUGGAAGCGAAUGGGACUCGGACUCAUCUGCUUUGAGAACCAGGUAUUCUGGAGGUUGCUGCUCCGAGCCUGUGAAGCCAACUGCAGAAAUAAAGCUAGCUAGCAGCUAAUAUUACUAAUAUACCAGGCACAAAGAUUCCUAAAUUUUCAUUCAUGGAUAUACUGUACUAGUACCUAAAGAUUUUGUCUUUUUAUCUAGUGUCCUUUUGCAGUGCGAUAUCAUAAUACUACAGAAUGCAAGACGAUUGCUCCUCCGAUCCCAUGCCCACAUAUGCCUUCGGACAAAUCUGUAAUCGUAUUCCUGGUGUGUAAGUUGGGGAUUCGAUCUGAAUUUUACAUUAUAUUGAUCAAAACGACUCACAUGAUCAAAAAGUAUGUUGUAAUGUGGAGACUUGACUCUUUUUUAACCUAGAAACGGGGAAAAAGGAGUUUGUCAAUGAGAAUUCCUGUUUCAUUAGAAUAGCAUUUGAAAAUAUCAGAACGAGCUCG